UAUAAAAUAAUUGUACAAAGUGUAUUACAAUCAAAUAACAUUAAUACAUUGACGAAAAAACAUUGUGUAUAUUACUUUUUCAAUUGAAAAAUUAAAACUAAAAUCUUAAAUAAAUAUUCUCAACUAUUUUAUGAUCAAAUAUUUUAAGUAAAUUGAAGAAAACAGCGUUUGUAACAAAAAUUUAAGAAUUAUGGAUUCGAAUUUUCUAACACUUGCUUCGCAGAUUCAAGUGGAAGAAAUUUAUGCAGAAUUAGGUACAACUGAAGAUAAAAUUAAAAAUGAUGUUGAAGCAAUUAUGGAAUGGACACGAAAGCAACCUCACUUGCCAAACUUAGAAGGUCAGAAACAGAAAGUGAAAUCAUUUUUGUUGGCAUGUAAAAACAGCAUAGAAAAAACAAAACAAAAAAUAGAAAACCAUUAUACAAUAAAAACUUUAUUAACAUAUUUAACUCGCAUCGAACUAACGAAUCAAUUUAUUGAUAAAAUGAAUGAAUGUUAUGUUGCUAUUCCAUUACCAAUUUUAACAAAUGAUGCUAAUAGAAUUACAUUGAUUCAUUUGAAAACUGGAGAUAUGACUAAAUUUAGCUAUUCUAACUAUUCAAAAUGUGUUUUAAUGAGCUUAGAUAUACGAUCGUCCAAACUAGACAAUAAUAAGAAAGAAAUAUUAAUAAGUGAUAUGAAAAAUUAUACGAUUAGUCACUUUACUGCACAUCUACCCCAUAUUAACAAUAUAAUUCUUUGUUUGAUGGAAGGUUUUGCAUUUCGACUACAAUCAAUUCAUUUACUCAACGUCCCAAGUUUUGGAGUCUCAGUCAUCAAUCUAUUUUUGAAUAAAAUAAACAAAAAACACACUACAAAAAUUUAUUUUCACAAAGAAGUUGACGAACUGAAAAACUAUAUUGACCCUGCUAUUCUUCCAACAAACUAUGGCGGUACAUUUCCGAAAACAUCAGAAGAAUUAAUGGACGAUUGGAAAAAUGAAAUGUUGAGACAUCGUGAUUGGUUUGAAGAUAACAAUAAACUCCUUGUAGAUGAAAAAAAACGAGUGAAAAAAUCUAGUUAUACUUUUGACAGCGUGGACGGUUCAUUUAGAAAAUUAGAAAUUGAUUGAGUGGCAUUGAUUUUUAUUACUAAAUUUAUUUUUAAAAUAAUAAAAAGAUGAAAAAAUUUCAUUCAUAUUUAUUUAAUCUUAAUAGUAUUUUAGACAGUUUUUUGGCUCAUCUAAAAAAUGAUGAAAAUUUAAAUAGGAGUUUGUUAUGGUUUAUCCAGAUGAAAUG